ACCAGGCAAGACGAAAGUAAAGAAGUGUUUAGGUUGUGUCGCAUAAAUUGUAGCUCAAAAAAUGCCUAAAAAAGCUAAGAAAGGAAAAGCCUCUAAAGGCAAGAAAGGAGGAAAGAAAGGCAAGAAGGAAGGCAAGAAGGCCAAAAAGGAAUCCGUUUUGAAAGAUGCCACAGCUAAUGCUAAGUUAUGGGAGACUAAGCUGACUGCAGUAGAAAAGUCCAGAACUGAAUACAGGGAGAAUGCCAAAAGAUUGUUGUAUGAAAAUGAUUCACUACAGCAACAAAUGACCCAGUCAGAGAGGGAUACUAUUGAUGUUAUUUCAUUCUUGAAGCAAGAGGACAUGAAGAAAGAUGAACAGGUAUCUCGUCUCAACCAAGCUUUAAAGGAAUUAAAAAGAGAAGCUCGUAAAGAAAGACAGGCACUAGUUGAUGAGUAUUCUCAACAAAUACACCAGUUACAAGAAGCCCUAGCAGAGAAAACUAAUGAGGUCAAGUUGAUGCAGUCAGAAUUAAAGUUAGUGAAAGAAUUCAGAAGAAAGAGAGCUCAAAUGCAAAAAGAGCUAGAUGAGAUCAAAGAAAGCAUGUUUGUAACUGAGAAACACCACAAAGGGACAUUGCAGCAAAUGGAGCAGAAGUUCUUUGAAGAAAAGGUUCGAUUACAGCAAGAAGCUAGUAGGAAGAUUGCAGAGUUAGCCGAGAGGGCCCAUUCUGAAGCCAUAAGCAAUCUAGAUGAGACAACUCGAUCUGUGUAUAAAGAAAAUGUUAGAAUCAAUGCAGCCCUUGAAUAUCAUGUUAAAGAAAGCCAAGAGCUGAAGAAGGAAAGAGAUAAAUUAUCAGAACUAAGCAAGGAGCUGUUGUCAGAAAAGGAGCUAAAUGGAAUAAUAGUACAAGAAAAAGUAGUUGAAUCUCAGAAACAAACCCAAUUAAUAGAAGAGCUGCAAGAAAAAGUGAAAACCCUUGAGCAAUCAUUAAGUCACCUAGUACGAGAGUUUGAAGCAGAGAGAGUAAAAAUUGUAGACAAUGCAGUCGUUGAGACCAAAAAUAGCAGGGCCGAGAUUGCUCGACUGCAAAGAGUAAUACAGCUGAAAACGAAGGAAAUGAAUAAAGUAAAAAGACUUGCUAAAAAUAUUCUAGACCAGAGAACAGAGGUUGAACAGUUUUUCCUGGAUUCACUAGAACACGUCAAGAAUGAGAUUGCUAGAAACCAAGCACAAUACAGACGCGAUGCACAAGCAGUAUAUCAACAGCGCAUGCUCGCAGCACAUGGAGGCCGGGCAGACUUUCCCAUGGUUCGUACAUUCAAUAAAUCUGAAACAAGCACUAACAAUGUGUUUGAUGAUCUCAAGAUGGCUGAGCAGUGGACUGGUAUGGAAGGGAAGAUCGACAUUGGAGAAUUGACUUGGGAACAGAGAGAACGUAUCUUAAGGUUGCUCUUCGCUAAAAUGAACGGCUACAAAGGGAAACGAAAGAAUAAAGUAUCAAGCUUGGGACCCAGCUUUCCAUCUACUGCAAAAGCAACCGCUGAGUCGACGAUAAAAGAAGAAGAGGACAGCACUUUUAUUACACAAGGAGGAAUAGAUCCAAAAGAAACAGGCAGCAGUCUGGUACAGCCAGCUCUACCAUCUCUUCCAGCACCAAAACCAGCUUCAGGAGCCACUGCUUGAUGGCUUAUUUCAAUAUCAACAUUGUAAAUAGGGUCUCAUAUAUUAUGUCUGCUAAUGACGAGUGUCCAAAAAAUGUUAAGAGAAUAGGAAUUGUGAAAGGUGUAAAGUAGAAGUCCUUAUUUUUGUAACAUCAGAUGGCACGCAAAUGUAUGAAAAUGUAAAUAUCGUUUGACGACAUCAGUAUUAAAAUAGUAUACCCACCA